AGAAUAAGUCGCCGCUUGGUUAUGACGUCUUUUCCCCGCGACUUUCAACUUGAAUCAAUUUCGUGUACAAACAGAUCGUUUUCUGGAUGAAGGACCGGCUUGUUGAGCAUAAAAUGCUGAAAAAGAAACCAAGUACCACCGAAAAGAAAAGAAAACACUCUCAGUCUGAAGAACGGAGCGGUAAACGAAGGAGCUCUGAGUCACACUUAGAGGACUCCAAGGAUGAGCUUGCUGACCCUGAGCUGGACAAGAUUGGAAGUGACAUUGAGGAAGGGGGACUGGACCUCAGCCUGCCUUUUCAGCCCAUCACAGCUUACACCGGUGAUAAACAAGAGAUGUUGGAACAGUGUUUCCGUGUGUUAGGGGAGAAGAAGCUGAGAAAGAUGCUGCCUGAUGAACUGAAGGACUGCAGUUUAGUGGAAAUCAAAGCGCUGUGUUGGAAGCAGCUGGAACCCAUCUGUGAGAAAAAUCUCCUUCAUAUCCUAGCUGGGGAAGAUCUGACACCUGGAAAUGAAAACUCAGACGGGACCUUGGAGAGCCAGCAAGAUAAUAAUGUUGACUCUACAUCUUGCUUUAAAGAAACAGGAAAAAAUGAGUACACUAAACAAGAGGGUGGUGGCUCUGGCGAGGAGAGUGAUGUCCUGAGCAUAAAUGCAGACACUUACGACAGCGACAUAGAGGGUCCCAAGGAGGAGCAGACUGCCAAACCUGCAGAUGCAACAGCAAGAGUUGGCGACGGCAGAGGGGAAGGCUCUGACCGGCCUCUAAACCCCGAGCCAAAGAAAGACAUUCAAAGUGACAUAGACAAAAGCGUCAGUGAGAUUUUAGCAUUUUCUUCCACUUUAAGCAAAGAUGAGGUUAAAGAAGCAGGUGGACAGCCGCAGUCUGCAGACAUUAGUUCGCCCGGUCAAGCAGGACCCUCUGUAAGUGGAAAUCCAGAAGUUAGUCAACCUUCAGUUCAGCAGCUGGCCCUUCUGGAGCUGGAAAUGAGAGCAAGGGCCAUAAAGGCUCUGAUGAAAGCUAGUGAUGGGAAAAAGCUGAGCAAAACAAAAAACAUUUAAAAUAUUUUAGUUUGUGUUUUAGUUUGUUCAUUUAUAAUCUCCAAGCGCUUCAGUUUAACAACAAAAGAACUGUUAAAAUGAUACUUGUUUUAUUAUUAUACACGUUUUCAGUGUAUCAUUUAAAAUAUGUGUUUUUACUCCAUAUUGGAAUGAUUUUACAGUUUGUUUAAAGCAAAAAUAAACAAGAAGGCAUGUAUGUAUUGUAUGAAUCCUUUUUUUGGGGGUGUAGAAACUUUAUAUGCAGUUUCCUCUCCGGCCACUAGAUGGCAGUGAUACUCUGCCACAUAACCUGCACAGGGCUGAGUUUAAUCCGUGCAGAGGGUAUCGGGGUAGAUUUAUUGGCUCACAUUACAGUCAGAAUUUUCGCAGUCAGCGUGAAAGUCAGGGUUUGUUAAUAAUGACAUCGUUUAGUAAUGCAGCUCUAUUAGAGUUAAUGCUGGAGAAGAAGAUCAGGAAGAUGUGUAGCCGGAGCAGGUGGCAACAGAGCUGCAGGAUCAUUCAGACGCGUGAUUAACUUUUCACGCUGAGAGGAAGCAUCAUAAUAUCGUGUGCUGCCGUUUCUGUCACAUUUACAUCUGCUAAAGCUUAGUUUGGCUUGGGUAAAAGGCCUUCAUUUGGCAUGAAAUUGCAGAAAAGCAUAAAUAAAUAUGAGAUGAUUUCACUUUAACAUCAAAGUAGAGACUCUACCACUUUCUGAACUUCUUUAAUGGCAUCCUUUCAUCUAAAAUUGUUGAGAUCUUGCUGUAAUUUCUUUUCAAAGCAGCUUUGUUUCAGUGCUGUUUGUGUAUGUGUGUGUGUGUGGUUACAUGCAGAUGCAGAGCAAAACAGCUCUCAACCCCGCUAACCCAAAGCAGACAAUGAAAUGUGUGAUAAGAAGCCGGUUGCCUCCUGGGUAUUUGCAUUUAAAAGGUUUAUUUCAUGGUAGAGGUGAAGGUGGGAGGGUUAAAUAUGUCAUUCUUCAUGCAUUUAUGUGCAGGUGUCUCACUCUUGGAUGAAAUAAAGAAGGAAAAUGUCUGCUUUAGUAAAGAUGCUAAAGUGCUUAUGGGGUCUGUGACUGGUGAGUAUUUAUUGGUGUCAUUUUACUGCUAUUAGAAAGCCAAUUAUAACUUUUUCUUGCUGUGAAUAAUUGACGGUUAAAGUAGACUUUAGAAUAAAGGCUGGAAAAUAGCUUGAUGGAGGUGAGAUGAUACUUUGUGAAUUCAAAUGAAUGUUGUGAUUCAUAAUAUUGAACUAUGGUGCUUCUUUCUAUGGUGUUCAUUUGAAGGUGAAAAGGUUUAAAGGAGCUGCAGCCACCGGUUCAUCCGCUAUGCUUGUAUUUUUUUUGUGUUUUGACCAAGCCUUUGUAUACUACUGCCUUUUUUUUUAGAAGAAGAACACUAUUCUACUCAAUCAUUUUUAAGCAGCUUUUCCUCUGAACUGUAUAAUUUUACUCUGACAGAAAUCUACAUUACGUUGUAAAUGCUAUGGACUUAGCUACACAUUGUAAGCAAUGUAAGAUGUAAAAUUUAUUGCAGAGAAUGAAAGGCUCAGUGUACACUUUCUAUUGUUAUAU